AAAAAGAGACUGAAAUUUGGUAUCACAAACAACAUAUUGACAAAAACUCUCUAUUUGGAUUUAUGAAAGAUCUUAUUUAUAAGACUGAUAUUGAAGUUGAUGGCCUUUUAACAAACUACUCUGGACAAAAACAACU